AACUCAAAGCGUCAAACAUCAUCAAGUGUUAGUUAGCCGUCCUCUCACCACAAAGGUUUGCAGUAACGCUUACCAACAGCAGACGCUAGCUAGCCAGCCGGCGUCAUGGCCAACGAGGAGGCGUUGAUGUUCGCGCUGCAGCUGGCUUCGUCGGCUGUCCUGCCGAUGACGCUUCGCACUUGCAUCGAGCUGGGCCUGCUGGAGACCCUGGUGGGCGCCGGUGGGAAGACGUUGACGCCGGAAGAGGUAGCGGCCAAGCUUCCGUCCAAAGCGGAGUCCAACCCGGACGCGGCGUCCAUGGUGGAUCGGUUGCUGCGGGUACUGGCAACAUACAAGGUCGUUUCGUGCCUAGUGGAUGAGUGCGCAGACGGGAGCCUGUCCCGCAGGUAUGGCGCUGAGCCGGUGUGCAAGUGGCUCACUCCCAACGAGGACGGUGUCUCCAUGGCGCCCUUCUGCCUCCUUGCCCAGAACAAGCUCUUCAUGGAGGCCUGGUGUCACAUGAAGGACGCGGUCCUUGAGGGUGGCAGUGCAUUCACCAAGGCAUUCGGAGCGUCGUGGUUUGACUACGCUGGCACAGAUGAUCACUUCAAUCACCUCUUUAACGAGGCCAUGAAGGACCAUUCGGUCAUCAUCACCAAGAAGCUUCUCGAAUUGUAUACUGGUUUCGACGGCAUCGACACCCUUGUGGAUCUCGCGGGUGGCGUGGGCGCCGUCAUCCACGCCAUCACCAAGAAGUACCCGAGCAUAAAGGGGAUCAACUUCGACCUUCCCCACGUAAUCUCCGACGCGCAGCCCUACCCCGGCGUCGAACACGUCGGCGGCGACAUGUUUGAGAUGGUGCCGUCCGGAGACGCCAUCCUCAUGAAAUGGAUUCUCCCCUGCUUCAGCGACGACGAGUGUGCGGUACUCCUCAAGAACUGCUACGACGCACUGCCCGCGCAUGGUAAGGUGAUCAACGUGGAAUGUAUCCUGCCAGUGAACCCGGACGCGACAAACAACGCGCAGGGGUUAAUCUGUGUGGACGCCAGCUUGCUGGCGUACAGCCCCGGCGGCAAGGAAAGGAACCUCAGGGACUUCGAGAAGCUAGCCAAGGCUGCAGGGUUUACAGGCGUCAAGGCCAGCUACAUCUUUGCGAACUUCUGGGCAAUGGAGUACACCAAGUAGAGUGAUCUAUCACUUCUACUGGGAGCCUGCAGCUGCUUUCUACCACCUCAUUUGCCAUAAAAAAAAUCACAAAAAAAAUUCCCUCCAUUUUGUUAGAUUUCUUGGUCAUGGCUUGUUUUUAGUCGACCGUACGUGUCGGGUGUUAACUCAAGAGUCUAUGUUUGUAUCUUGUGUUGGAAUAAGGAAGCAAGAGCAACCUAUAUUUGUCCACUGUCUUCAAA